AUGGAGAUGGCCAGCAUCAAUGCAUUGAUUGACAACUACAAGGGAGAGGAAGCUUUCAAGCGGCUUACAGAGAUACAACCAACUGUGGAUGACAAUCGUUGGGUGGCCUUCUCGUAUCGUUUCGCUCAAGUCUGCUAUAUUCGCUUUAAUCAAUGGUCCGAAGAGAAGAAACAGGCUGAACGAUUGGAGUUGAUUCGUCGUGAAGAACGAAAACAAAAUGGAGAAGAUGGAAAAAUGGAAAAAUGGGACGAUGGUGAAAGUUAUUUCUUCAAUAAGGGCCUUCAAGAAGUGAAUGUUUGCCAU